ACGUUAUAUCACCCUGGCUGGCUUGACGUUGAGCCAUGCAUUGUGGCUUUGCGUUUGGAUGAAACAUCUCAAAGUGUGCGUUGUCCUUGUCUUCUGUCACAGAGCCGAGGUGUCGCAGUCAGUCCGGUGCCAUCAGCCGGGCGCAGAGAGCACAGUGUCCGCUCCGCAGUGUCGCUGUCCUCGGACGUCAGGAACCACAAGGUCCCUCCUCUGAAUGACGGAUCCCCGGCAUGUGGAGCCGCUUUCUCCUUGGAUGACCUACACGCAACCUCUCGUAGUAGCAGCGGACGAGGGUUCGUUAAACACCUGCUGGUUCGGUAAAGAGCGUCUCUUGCAGGAUUCAGGCCGACCGUGGAGCAGCUGACCUGAAGAAUCACGCUGCAAACUUCUCGCCGGAGGACUGAGAGUGGAUCAAUGCACUCACCUGAUCGGUAAUAAGAGAGAGCAGUCUUUAAAAACACAGACACGACAGGAGAUCUAGGCGCUCACAUGAUGUACACAAUCACCAGAGGUCCCAGCAAACUUGUUACACAACGGAGGACAGGUCCCACACAGCAAAUCGAGAGCAAAUUCAGCGACUUGAAGCUCAAGCCGACGUCCUGGCUCUCAUCUAACUCUCCGCCCCCAAAGAUUGUGUUCAAUCGUCUGAACGGGAAGCGCUACCACGGAGCGGCCACACAGAAGGCCGCAAGCCCAGCAGAGGGAUUGACUCCUGCACAUGAAGAAAACGUCAGAUUUGUUUAUGAAGCAUGGCAGGAGGUGGAGCAGAAGCUGGGGGAUGGUGGGGAGUCAGCUAACAGCCAGGGGCCCAUUCAGUACACUGAGAAGGCUCCAGGUGCUGCGAUGAAGAACUUUGUUCCCAUAGACCUGGAAGAGUGGUGGGCUCAGCGCUUCCUUGCCAACAUUGCCAACCUGUCAUGACUGCGUGAGGCUCUGAGGCGAGACGGGAAGCAUCAAGUUGAUGCUUUACUGUGAUGGCAUCUCGAGGGUGAAGAGGAGGCGAGUAAGUCUCCAGGAUCUGUGAUGCAAAAGGGUUGUUCAUAAUUUGGAAUCUGAUUUGAGGCACUGUGCUUCACGCUGCUGUAGAGAAAACGGAGUGCACAACAUGAAACAACAGCGACCCGACUGUGAACUCUGACAGCCCUGACUUGAAGUUGUGCUGCUAUGAAGGACCCGUCUCUCUACAUUGAGGAUGUAUCAGAUAGAAGUUGUGAGAACCCUCUCAAGUGUCCUUGGCUGUAUGUACGUGUUGGCUGAUCUUUGGAUAUAAAUCUAUUGGGUCAAAAGAAGUAAAAUGUCUUGUGUGAUGAAAUUAUUAAUUAAUUAGGCCAUAUUUUACUGAAAGUAGUUUUUCCAUGAAACCUGACACGAUUGAAACAUUUAUUAUUCUGAUGAAUGAUAAUGAUGGUACCUUGCUGGAUUUUUUUUUAUGUGUGGUGACAGACCAUGCUUAAAAUUUAUUUCAUACAUAGAUAUGAAAGUGACUUCUCUAAAACAAAUUUUCUAUCGAUCACAGCAACAUUUAUUAUUUAAAACAAAAUAAUCAUAUUAACAAACCUGUCCUGAAGAAACAUUUGUAUUUUAACAAACCUUUAAUCAACAUGGUAAUUAAGUCAACUCUUGAGGAAUCAGCCUAGUGCCAUCUUUCCAACAACAACUACUUCUAAUUAAGUUAUUUUCAGACAGUUUAUUUUUUAAAGAAAGUUACUUUUACAUUAGUAUAGUAAUAUAUGAUAUUACAUACUGUUACCACUUACACUUGUAAUUCUUUAGUUUUAAAGUUAUUCUCAUUUCCAUAUUCACAUUACAGAAGCCAAAUAAAAUGUGCAUAAAAUGUACUAUACUAUAUAUAA